AUGUCGCUCUCGCAAACUUUAUAUUCUCUUGACUCCACGCCUCCGCCGCCAGCAGAUUUAGAACAAAUCCACGCCUCCUCGUCUCAAGCUCCUGGGCUUACAUCGUUCUCACUCGCAUCCCCACCCAGCGGUUCCACAGAACAGCUCUCAUUCAAUAAUCUAUACUCGCGAGUCAAACGUGUUGCUUCAGCAGUCAGGGAUGUUGUUAGUGUUCCAGUGCGAGAUGGAGCUUCGAGGAUGUCACUUGGCUCGAUAGGCAGCGACAGGUAUCAAGGACAUGCAGAUAGCAGAGACUCGUUCAUGUCUUCAGCGACAAUUGAUUCUGAGGAUUCGAACUACCCAGUGCUACCCACAUCACAUUUAUCACCUAUAAAAUCUCAAUUUGGCAAACAUUCGAGGAUCACCUCUUCAUCCUCUCUCCAGUCAUCCUCUAGAGUAUCAAGUAACAACUCCAUGGCGAGCACUGCCAUCGCCGGGGAUUAUGCUCCCCCGGCUGCAUUGAGGAAAGUUAAUCUUCGUGCCUCAAAUUCAGGAGCUCCCGUCCCCUCAUUGGCUCCAAUAACUGUAUUCAGAGAUGGGGAUGGUUCUGAAUUUGUUUCCCUCACUAGUCCUGGGCUAGGUGUGAAAGGGAUGUCAGAUGUCAGUCGAAAAGAUAAUGAGGCCAACCUUCAAAACUCGGCGAAAGAGAAAGCAGCGGGGGUUCAAAGGACAACUGUGAAUGCGCUACUCGGAGCAGCUGGAACGGUAGUAGGUGGGACGGUUGGAUACCCGCCUUUACCGGUAAGUAAAACAGUUGAGGAUGAAAGUGGUGCCCGAGCAGAGAAUGAUGAAGAGUCCAACAGCUCGGCAUCAGAGGAGGAUGGGGGGGCUAUUAGUGAUAGUAGUGACGAUGAUAUUGUUUUGCUGAACUCCAGGCUACCAGGCGGUCACGAAGGUGGCAAAAUCGGAACCUAUGGCAGUAAGGCAAUAAAGGUUGCUGGACCUUCCUCUGAGAACCAGCCAGUUUCAGUCCAAAGAUCAAGUAAAGACAUACCUGCACCACUCAAUAUUAAUAAUUCCAAUCAUUUGCCCCCUUCCACGACCGGUAGCGAUGUAGCUAGCAGAACGUCAUUAGAGUCAAACGCUGCCUCAUUUGUAAACAACCGUCUUCAAUCCCCGGGCACAAGUCCAUCCGCUAUGAAUUUACCACCAAAGGGUGACAAAAGUUCGCCAUCCUCAAAUCAACAAAAUUUCCCUGGAAAGCUUUCCCUGCCACCACCAAAUUCUCCCAUGGCUGGAAGCGGAGAAACUGCCAGAAAGCAAAGACCAACAGUAUCAAGAAUCAGCACAGAUCAAGCCAGUCUACUUCCAGGGUUCUCUGUUACUCGUGAUGCAAGCUCAGAGUCAGGAUCCAGUCAGGACGCGACUUCAACGGCAGAUGUUGGGAAACAUAGUGGGGGCUCUUCAAUGUAUCAAUAUAGAGAAGGGUUUCAAGAUGGAAUGGUCAACGGGGGGAACACAGGCCCAAAUGGGGGUGUGGGAACAGGAAAUUCAGAAGCUGUCAGCCAAGCUUUGAGACAACUUAGAAUGGGUAAUCUAACUAGCGACUUUUGGAUGAAAGAUGAGCUCUGCAAGGAAUGCUUCUUAUGCGCGAAUACUUUUGGAGUUUUUCGAAGGAAACACCAUUGCCGGCUUUGCGGUCAAAUAUUUUGUUCGAAGUGCACUACCUUGAUAUCUGGGGACAGGUUUCAACAUCAAGGAUCUAUGCGAGUCUGUAGUCCAUGUCUUGAGAUUGUCAACGAGUAUCAAGACGAAUCAGAAUCAGAGGACGAUUUCUCACCAGCAUCCGUUUUCCACAUCCACCAGCCCAUCGAUCAACGGCACGAAAUGCAGUCUGGUCCUGGGAGUGUAGUCGGUACCCCAAUAGGAGGACCUAUGACACCUGGUUUCAGCAUGCCUAGAGAGUCACGUCCCGCAACUACGCCGUUAAUGGCAAUCCCAGCAUCCAGAAUCACUGCUGGAAGCAAUCCAAAUAGACGUUCUCAGAUCCUGGAAAUAAACGCUGAGAUACCAUCACCCCCUCGGCCCCCCUCCUCACGAUCUGGAAAGUCACCCAUGUCGUUUUCUAGACCACUCACUGCAAAUGCUUUGAAGCUCCCUCAACAUGGCCACUCACAUUCCCAUUCACAUCACCACCAUCACAAACACCAACAUUCCCGCUCGCAUCGAUGGUUCCCGGCCGCAAACGCAAACGAACGGGCGCCUUUCCACCGAAACGUGGCUGACGAACUCGGGUCACAGGGAGCCCUCCCCGCGUUUCAUUCAGAUAGCAUCAUCGAUCCAGAUUUGGCGCCUUAUAUGAGUGAUGAUGCUAGCGACGAUGAACAAAUGAGCAUAUUUGCAACGAUCGCACCCAAAUAUGGAGAGGCAUUUGGGAAUCUGUUUUCAACUUCUGCCACUGGUUCACAGAGUGGUCAGGCCGGAGGCAUCUCUUUGGGGUUAAACGGGGCUACUUCUACAAUGUCAAAGAUCAGAAGAGCUGCUAGUAUUAAUGGAAUCAAUGCGCUUUUGAAUGCCGGUGGUAGUGAUAAUGGCAAGUCCGGGUUACUGCCCCCCACUAGAUCAUCUAGGAAACGCAACUCGAGUUUCCUUGGAAAUAUUCAACCCCGACCAGUUACCAGAGGAAAGGGACACCGCAAUCUCAUGCGAUCGCUAGUGGGGAGUGUCAGCGAUGCGUCCGCAUUUGGUGGGGCUGGGAGCAGUGCCAUGCCUUCUCCUCGCGCCUCAAGAAGUGCAUCCAUGCGAGGACCUCUAGCACCAUCUAUCGAGCUCAACACAGCGAGCCUGCAACAUGUUCGAACCCUGCUUCGCCAGUUACUUGGUGAUGCGAACAUCAAGGAAGUCGACAAAUGGGAGCGGGCACUCAUGCCAAUUCUACUCAAAAGCACCGAUGAUUUGAACCCCGACAUCCGCAGUGGUGACAUUAUCGAUAUUCGCCACUAUGUCAAGGUCAAGAAAAUUCCUGGUGGAAAACCUGGCGAUACAACUUAUGUUUCUGGUGUCGUGUUUACCAAGAAUUUGGCGUUAAAGAGUAUGCCACGGAACAUAGCACAUCCAAGAAUAGUCGUUGUCACCUUCCCGAUCGAGUACCAGCGACACCAACAGCAGCUCAUGAGUCUCGAGCCAGUUAUUGCACAAGAGAAAGACUAUCUUCAGAAAAUGGUUGCUCGUAUAACUUCUCUAAGGCCAACGCUGCUUCUUGUUGAGAAAAACAUCUCCGGUGUUGCUCUCCAACUUCUCGCGCAGGCUAAUGUAGCAACAACACAUCUUGUAAAGCCAUCAGUAAUCGAAGCUGUGGCUAGAUGUGCUGGUGCAGACAUUUGUUCGUCGGUUGACAAGCUACUACUUCAUAAUUUCCGAGUCGGCCGGUGUGCUUCCUUUGACGUCAAGACAUUUGUGCAUGAGGACAUACCAGAAAAGAAGAAGACAUUUAUGUACCUUUCCGGUUGUCCAAAGGAGCUCGGCUGUACAAUUGUGUUGAGGGGAGGUGAUAUGGAAACGCUGGCAGUCCUCAAGCAAAUUACGGAGAUGAUGAUUUAUGUCGUUUACAACUUAAAACUUGAGACUUGCUUAAUGCGAGAUGAGUUUGUGAAUAUUCCCUCAAGUUCUUCCAUUGCGCCUGCGCCAACAGCGGUUCCUACAGCUGCCCCGCAAACUGACGUACCAACUGCUGCUUUCGACGACCCAGAGAAAACGCUCUCGACCGAAGAUGGCCAAGAAAACCUGGCUGCAUCUGAAAAUCAGGAGAAGUCGCCAAAUUCCGGAUCGGAAGAGUCUGAGCGUAUGGCAGGUGGAGUGCCAGAUGAUAUUCCCAGCCCAACUUACUAUGAAGAUAUGGUGAAAAAUCACGAGACAAAGGUUCUUUCUGCAUCACCCUUUGUUAAGUACAUGCAGCCAUAUCUUUUAAUGCGAGCGAGGGAACUCGAAAGAAAAUUGGUGUAUCUGAAGAGACUAAGAGAUAGUCAAGUGGUUGAAGAUGACGAACCAACGGAGUUUGGGUCUGACGGUAGGGUUGGGGAGUUGGAGGAACAUGUUGAAAACGAGAAAUCCGCCGAUCCAGAUAAACCCGUGGAAAAGUUUGAGUUGAUUCAGCCAGAGAUGGUCGAUGCAAAUGUUAAGAAUGGAACCAAAAAGAUGGUAGAGGUACUGCGAGCAAUCCACGAUGCAGAAUACGACAAAGCACUUCAUGUCUAUGAAACCCAGAAAAAACAGUGGGAGAAUUACUUAUCCCAGUAUGACGAUCUGUUUGAUCCCUACGCUCAUCAGAAUAUCGCCAUACUAUACAGUUUGGUGUGCACAUUAACCACUGUUCCCUGUGAAGGGCCAGAACUUCGCAGGUUAGAGUUUUAUUUCCAAGGCAUGGAUUGGCCACUCGGUAAAUCAGAUUGUACCCUGGGACAGUAUGUUGAACUUCUCUGCGACACUGCGAAUAAACGAUGCGAAUCGGAUACCUGCGACAAGAAGAUGAUUGAUCACCACCGAUCUUAUGUCCACGGUCAAGCUCGGGUCAGUGUCCUAGUAAGCGACAAAAUGGCAUGCCCUAUCCAGGGCAUGCAGGAUACAAUUCUCAUGUGGAGUUACUGUAAAGUAUGUCCGAAUACUAAUACUCCCGCCAUCCCAAUGUCUGAGAGCACCUGGAAAUACUCAUUCGGCAAAUACCUUGAGCUUGCUUUCUGGAGUUCCGAAAUGAAAUUGAGGGCAGGGAAUUGUCCACACGAUUUGAACCGCGAUCACGUUAGGUGUUUUGGCUAUAGAGGCUUAACAGUGGUUUUCCAAUAUGAUCCCAUUGAUUUGCUAGAGAUCGUCGUCCCUCGCACGAAAAUCACGUAUAAGCCAGAGAUCGACCUACGGAUUAAGAACGAGCAGUAUUUGCAGCAUGAAGAAAGGACAGACCGUUUCUUCUCGUCGGUAAAGUCUCGCCUAAAGAGUAUCAAUAUAGACUCUGUGGCCGCCGAUAAAAUCGAUGCUUGCAAAGCAGAAAUCGAAACGCUCACAACCCAAGCAGAAAAUGAGCAUAGCUGGCUGAUCAAAAAACUUCAAGAAAAGUACAACAAGUCCAAGUACUUCGAGAUCAUACCGCUUAAUAGGGCUCUGCGAGCUUUGCAAGAAAGAGUGGUCGACUGGGAUGCAAGGUUCAAUGCCUUCGAUAACAACUACUUUCCGUCAGAAAAGGAUAUCCGCAGAUUGGCAACACUCCAACUCAAGAAGAUAUUUAUCGACAACCCUUCUACGCCUAACCUACAACCCGGUGAACGUACACCAACGCCUGAAAAGGAAGAUAUUGGUAAAGCUACUUCUAUUGUAGAUGGGUCUGCAGAAGUGGUCACCUCUCCGACCGAGAUGUCGUCAAAGCAGGCACACGAUGUUCUUGCGUCAGUCGUUGAGGAGGAUAUCGAGAAUAGUAAAGGGAAGUCUGCUAAGAAUGAAAAGGAGGACAGUACGGAAGAUAACGAGGAUACGUCUAGUAUAACUACUGUCACUCCGGAGCCGAUUUCUGGCCAGGGGGAGCUCGGCCAAUCUGAAAAUAUGGAUCACUUGACUCCCAGGCAGGAAACCCCUCUUGAGCAAGCAGCUCUAAAGACCGUAUCACCGGAACCAUCCGCGCCGAAUAGCCCCAUAGCCCCUAUCCAUCCGAAGAUCAGGUCUAGCCCAGCACUUGUAGAAUCAGAAGGGGCGAAAUCAGAUGACGAUACCCCAGGCCAACCCGCAAAGAACUCUGGUCCCAGGGCAUCCUUUGAGGAUUCCAGGGUAUCCUUUGAUGGCCCCAGGGCAUCCUUUGAGAGUCCUCGGACAUCCCUUGAGGGCUCUCGGAGGUCUCUUGAGGGCUCUCGAAAAUCACUUGAGGGUCCCAGAACAUCUCUUGAGCGACUAUCUUCAGAGCGUGAGCGACCCACUAACCACAUGUCAUCAAUUCCGAGGUUUGUAGAUGCAAGGCGAAAGCUUGUAGCACCUCCACUCAAUAGGACGCAAUCUACCCCACAUGUACCUCAACGAAAGGGUUCGGAUGGAGUCCCGUCGGGACUGAGGCCUCUAACUCAUACACCAUCAUUCCCCCUCAAGAAACCCUCGGUGACUGAGGCUAUUCGGAAGCAUAAUGCGGAAAAGGCAAAGUCUGGUAAGGGGCCGGAAAAGUUUCGCUUCGCUUCACUAAACAAGAAACCUCCUCAAUUGAGGGACACGCAGAUUCCUCGUUCAGUUCCGACACCAAGACGCAAAGACACCAAGGUCACGGCGAUAGCGAAACAAAUAAAACAGCUCGAACAACUCAGUAGGGAGUUUGAGAAAGAGAGGGUAAGAGAGAAACGUCUCUCUGCCGCUAAGAGGACCAGGGCACUUCCGGUAGCGACUUCUAGGCCCAUAGUCGAAGUUUACCGUAACGUCGCGGAAGCCGUUGAAGAGGUUUCCGAUGAGGAACCUCCUGAGCCCAUGCCCCCUAGUCGGGAAACCAGUAAUAUGACUAUAAGCACGGAAUCAGCAAUUCAAACUGAGUCUCCGGAGGAGUUUUCUCCUCCUGCAAUCACGAUGACCCCCGAACCUGUUGAGGAGCAGAUUGAGGAGUAUCAUGCACAACCGAAUCAAAUGAUCCAAUCUGAUGCGGACAUGAGUGAUGGUGAAAUAUCCUUUUCGAGUGAUCAUGAAGCCAAUAUCCAGCCACCUAUUAUAGACGUGCUUCCGCCAAAUCCAGAUACACCUCUAAUCCAGAAGCAUGAGAAAUCAGCCUGGACAAAAAUGCUCUCAAAUUUCUGGGCUGAGCGGUCUGCAAGUGGAUGGUCUUCACUUGAGUACCCACUUCAUCCGACAGAUCAUGUUUUCAACGACUCUGAUGUUAUUGUCCGUGAAGAUGAACCUAGCUCUCUCAUUGCGUUUGCUCUCAACUGUGAGGAUUAUGCCACCAAGCUUGAUGCCAUUCGUAGCGCGGAUGAAGGGCCAACGAGCUCAGAGGACUGUGCUCGUCCAACUGCAUUUAAUGUAGAUGAACAUCCUGAGCUUGAAAGGUCACUACUCAGAACCACUGGAACACAUCUCAAAUACCAGUUUCAAGAGGGUUCGGCUAAGAUGUUCUGCAAAAUCUUUUUCGCAGAACAGUUUGAUGCGCUGAGAAGAAACUGCGGUGUUGCUGAUCGAUACGUUGAGUCUUUGUCGCGAUGUAUCAAAUGGGAUUCUAAAGGAGGAAAAACCAAGUCCGUUUUCCUGAAGACCCAGGACGAGCGGUUCGUGUUGAAGGCCUUGGCGCCAAUUGAGACGGCCGCGUUCAUCAAAUUUGCACCUGCAUAUUUCCAGUUCAUGGCAGAAGCAUUUUUCCACGAGCUUCCAACUGUUAUUGCCAAGAUGUUGGGAUUCUACCAGAUCAUGAUCAAGAACCCGACAACGGGAAUAGAAAUCAAAUGGGACGUUUUAGUGAUGGAGAACCUUUUCUAUGACCGCAAGACUACGAGGAUUUUUGAUCUCAAAGGUUCUAUGCGCAAUCGAUACACGCAGUCAACUGGCGAUCAGAAUGAGGUUCUCCUCGAUGAGAACAUGAUAGAAUUCAUAUACGAGUCGCCACUGUUUGUCAGAGAACAUUCCAAGAAGCUACUUCGAGCAUCUCUGUGGAACGAUACUUUGUUCUUAUCGAGGCAGAAUGUGAUGGACUACUCACUAAUGAUUGGAAUCGACGAGGUCAGGAAAGAGCUUUGCGUUGGCAUCAUUGACUGCAUACGUACCUUUACGUGGGACAAGAAGCUUGAGAGCUGGGUGAAGGAAAAGGGUUUCGCAGGCGGUGGAAACAAAAAGCCAACUGUCACCAGUCCUCGAGAGUACAAACAUCGCUUCCGUGAGGCUAUGGAACGAUAUGUUCUAGAAGCGCCAAGGUUUGCCUGUUCCUAA